GAAAUUCUGAUUUGUGGGAGGACUCAUGGGAUUGGAAUUCUUUAUAGCUGUAAUUAUUGCUCUUUCUUCAUUUUCCGUUGCUACAAUUAUUAUUACAAUUAUUAUUUGUUGUAUCAAUCGAAAAUAUGGCGGCCCUGCAUAUGGCGGUAGGUUCGGCCAUGGUGGAGGUGAUGGACCUCAUAGUUUCAGGGGGGGUGGAGGCGUAAUUGGAGAUCAAGUAGGCAUAGAUAUUGGUGGAGGUGCUGAUUGGGGUGGUGGAGGUGCUGAUUGGUGUAGUGGAGGAGGCUAUAUGGGAGGAGGUUAUGAUGGAGGUGGUGGUGGAGGUGGUGGAGUUGGUUGUGGUGGUGGAGGUGGAGGAGGUGGUGGUGAUGGUGGUGGCGGUGGAGGUGGAGGUGGUGGCGGCGCCGGCAGCUGUUGAUGCACUAAUCAUUUUGGAAUUAUUAUUUUGGGACAUAUACCGACCAUUAAAAGAACACAAAAUAUUUGACUUCAUCGUCCUUUUUCUCUCUGCUCUAGAACCCUCCUACUUCUAACUAGAGCCUUUUCAAAAUUUCUUUGUUUUUUUGUGCUCAGAAGCUCUCUGGCUUCUCGAGCAUGCUGGAGCUAGCCCAUCUUGUUCCUUUAUUCAUUGAUCACCUUGAGGUGUCUAUUGACUUCUUUUGUGGCCACUUUUGGUGGUCUUUGUUUCUUCUUUUGUUCCUCAUUUUCUUAUUUUGUUUUAUUUAGAUAUAGCAGCUAAUAAGAUGACAAAAAGGAAAUUUGGGGUUGGUCGCUGCAUACUUGAAUUUUCUAGGCAUGGCAUCAUGGAGAGCAAGUUUAUUUGUUUCAAGAAUAGAUUGAAAGGUGUCCA